GUGGGGACCAACAAACUUAUAAAAAGUUCUGGAGCUGGUUACGCGUCUCUACCCGUCUCUGACAACGACGUCGUCACUGUCUUCACCGUUGAGGACACUUUUGACGAUGUCUCCUACAAACGCGAGCGCGGUGCGCUCCAUCAUCGUUCAGUCGGGCCCUACUAGAAUCGCUAUCCCCGUCUCGACGGAAUGUAACGAGUGGACCGCAGCCGAGGUCCUCCGCGACGAGUUCGCCAAUAUCAACAUUACAGAUACCCCCAUCCAGCUAGAGGAUGAGAGACAAGCAGCUAUAGAGCUAUUCUCUCGCUUUCUUGGCUUCACCGCCAAAAGCAUAGACGCGGAUGCGUCCCGCACCACCGUGCUGCUUAGAUCACUCAAACACUUCACUUCCUCAUACCUAUCAGAACAGGACGUACACGUCAUCGCGGCCGCAUUUGAUACAGAAGUACGCAGGACUGUCCUCUCCAACUAUUACCAGGCUGUUGCAGCCUUGGAAGUGCACAACGUCUCCGAUAUCCCUCGCCCACCCGUUCCCAAGCUGUUUACAUCUGACGCCGCAUCGGUCUACGCAAUUUUCGGUGGACAGGGCACAAAUGAAGUCUAUUUCGACGAGUUGCAGAAUCUUUACGACACGUACAAACCAUUCGUUGCGUCUUUCAUCUCCGAGAUGACGCGCGAUGUGCUCCUCCCUCUAACAGCGGAACUGGAGUCCACGACAUACUACACUCACGGGCUUGAUGUACUGUCAUGGUUGACUGGCGCGACUGCUCGUCCUCCUACUACAUACCUCGCGUCUAUCCCGGCUUCAUUACCUCUCAUCGGCCUCACCCAGCUCACGCAGUAUCUUAUUGUCUGUCGGGUCGCAAGGCUGUCGCCCGAGGAAAUGCGCGCCCAUCUACAUGGAGCUACAGGCCACUCGCAAGGUUUGAUAUCUGCGGUAGUGAUCGCUGCGUCGACAACGUUCGAGUCGUUCUUCGCGAACGUGCAGAAGGCGUUGCGCUGGCUCUUCUUCUGUGGCCUACGUGGCCAGCAAGCGUUCCCCGUACUCGCACUUGAGCCAAGCAUUGUCCAGGAUGCGAUCGAAGGUGGCGAAGGCGCUCCGAGCCCGAUGCUGUCCGUGACUGGUCUCACGCUUAAAGAUCUUGAGUCCCACAUCAAGAAGACAAACGACCAUUUGCCCGCCAACUCCCAAUUACAGGUUUCGCUUCACAAUGGUCCGAAGGCGUUCGUCGUCACGGGUCCCGCACGCGCGUUGUACGGCCUGGUGACGAGCUUGAGGAAGGUCCGUGCACCGAGCGGUCUCGACCAGAGCAAGACUCCCUUCUCGCAACGCAAGCCCGUCUUCUCUGUGCGCUUCUUAAUCGUUGGCGUACCAUAUCACAGUGAAUAUCUGAAGGGCGUGACGGAGAAGAUGUGCGAGGAGGAUCUUGGAGGGGAGGAGUUGUGGACAACGGAGGAAUUGGGAAUGGCAGUGUAUCAUACAGAAACUGGUUCCGACCUUCGCGGUCUAACGACGUCUUUGACGCGCUCGCUUUGCGACCAGAUCUUUACUCUCCCGCUUCACUGGGCGGAUGCUACGAAUUUCCCGGAGACUGCUACUCACGCUAUCGACUUCGGUCCCGGUGGCCUCAGCGGCAUUGGUCCUCUCACGGCGCGCAACCUAAAUGGUCGCGGUGUACGCGUGAUCGUCGUGGGCGACAAGGCUAAGGGCACCGCGGAGCUGUUCGACGCUCAGGAGAUCCGUCACGAGGUAUGGUGGAGCAGGAAGUUCAUGCCCCGUCUCGUCAAGACGAGUGACGGCACUGUCCACAUCGACACCCCCUUCUCCCGUCUUCUCGGCAAGCCUCCCAUCAUGGUCGCUGGCAUGACGCCGACAACAGUCAAAGCAGGCUUCGUCAGUGCUGUCCUCUCCGCUGGCUAUCAUGUCGAAUUGGCAGGCGGUGGCCACUACAGCCCUGCCGCUUUGCGUGCAAAGGUUGCGGAGAUUCAGAACAAAAUUCCCCCUGGCGUCGGAUUGACUCUGAACUCUCUCUACAUCAACCCGCGUCAGUUCGGCUUCCAACUCCCGCUCUGGCAAGAGAUGCGCCGGGAAGGUGUUCCAAUCGAAGGUUUCUGCGUUGCGGCGGGUAUUCCCAGCACGGAGAAGGCUGCUGAGAUCAUUGAUGGUCUCAAGAGCGCGGGCAUCCGCCACGUCUCGUUCAAGCCUGGCUCUGUUGAUGGUAUCCGCCAGGUCGUCAAUAUUGCGGCGGCCAACCCCGACUUCCCCAUUAUCCUUCAGUGGACCGGCGGUCGUGCGGGUGGCCACCAUUCGUGUGAAGACUUCCAUCAGCCAAUUCUCGCGACCUACAGCGCAAUUCGCCAACACAGCAACAUCUCAUUGGUUGCGGGUUCCGGUUUCGGUGGUGCCGAUGAUGUAUGGCCAUAUCUUACGGGUGACUGGUCCGUCGAGAGGUAUGGCAUGCAGCCAAUGCCUUUCGAUGGUUUCCUGUUCGCCAGCCGCGUGAUGGUUGCGAAAGAAGCGCACACUAGCUCGUCGGUGAAGGACUUGAUUGUCGCGGCGAAAGGAGUGGAUGAUUCGCAAUGGGAAGGUACGUAUGCGAAGGAAACCGGUGGUAUACUGACUGUGAAGUCCGAGCUUGGCGAGCCUAUACAUAAGGUCGCGACGAGGGCCGUCAAGCUCUGGAAAGAGUUCGACGACACCGUAUUCAAGCUGCCGAAGGAGAAGCGAGCUGCGUGGCUGCAGGAGCGUCGAGCAGAGGUGAUUAAGAAGUUGAACAGGGAUUUCGCCAAGCCGUGGUUCGGCUGGAAGAAAGAUGGGAGUGUCGUCGAGGACAUCGCGGACAUGACCUACGAGGAGGUCGUGUUACGUAUGAUCCGCCUUAUGUACGUCGCGCACGAGGAGCGCUGGGUCGAUCUUUCGUUGAGGAACCUCACUGGCGACUGGCUCCGUCGCGUUGAGGAGCGCUUCGCAGGCGUGAAUGGUGGUGGUGCCAAGGCGUCCCUUCUUCAAUCAUACACGUCUCUCGACAAGCCGCAGGAGUUUGUGGACUCGUUCUUCAAAAGAUAUCCUCUUGCGUCAGAGCAGUUGCUGGCCUCCGAGGAUAAAGCUUUCUUCCUAGCUAUCACUCAGCGUCCGGGACAGAAGCCCGUGCCGUUCAUCCCGAUCCUCGACGCCAACUUUGAGGUGUGGUUCAAGAAGGACUCUCUCUGGGCCGCAGAAGAUAUUGAGGCCGUCUUUGACCAGGAUCCGCAGCGUGUCUGUAUUCUUCAAGGGCCGGUGGCUGCCAAGCACUCUACCAUCAAGGACGAGCCUGUCAAGGAAAUGCUUGACAACAUCACUUCCAUGCUUGUCGAGAGAUUAGCCGAACGCUUGUACGGUGGCGACUUAAGCAAGGUGCCCACCAUCGGAUACCUCAGCCCCGAGCCUCCUGUCGUCAGUGCUUCUGUCGGGCGUGUCGCGGAGAAAGGACAGAUCCGUUACUCAGCUCGCAAUUCGCUGCCCAACGUCGACGCCUGGCUGGAAACUCUCGCUGGUCCUCGUCAUGAUUGGCUCCGAGCACUGCUGACGUCAAGGACCAUCGUGCAGGGCACAUCAUACAUCGACAACCCUAUUCGUCGCCUCUUUGCUCCUCGUCGUGGUCAGACCGUCGUUAUCGACGUAGACGGCGAAUUGCCUUCGUCAGUCUCUAUCUAUGGUGCUGCACGCUCGUAUGGAAUACAUAAACCUUCGUUCAAGGUGGUCGAAGUGAGGUUCGACUCAGCUUCUCAACUCAUUAAUGUUACGCUCUUUGAGGAUCGCCGCGAAGUCGCUAUCCCCCUUCAUCUCAAAUUUUUGUACAAACCGAUUAUGGGUUUUGCGCCGAUCCAUGAAGUCGCAGAGGACCGCAACAGACGGAUCAAGGAAUUCUACUGGCGUCUUUGGUUCGGCGACAACGAGGCACUCCCAAAAAUUGACGUGCGCGAGACUUUCAUUGGUCCCGAGAUCACCAUCGAUGCAUCGGCCGUUGAGCGGUUUUGCGCCGUCAUCGGCAACGAUGGGGAGGCCUUUAAGGUAGCUCGCACGGAGCAGGUGCAAGCUCCUAUGGAUUUCGCCAUCGUAACGGGCUGGCAGGCGAUCAUGAAAGCUAUCUUCCCUGCAUCCAUCGACGGCGACAUCCUUAAGCUGGUCCAUCUAUCGAACGGCUUCCGCAUGGUAGAUGGCGCAAGCCCCCUCAAAGCUGGCGACGUCUGCAAAGCGGAGGCCCGUAUCGUUUCUGUCAUCAACAGCGACGCUGGCAAGACGGUCAAGGUCAAGGGGUUCGUCAUGCGCAACGACCAGCCGGUCAUCGAGGUUGUCUCGGCAUUCCUGUACCGCGGCAAGUACAAUGAUUACGAUGCUACCUUCGAGCUCCUCGAGGAGCCCGAUUACCUGGUCGAACUUGCAACGGAAGCGGACGUCGGAGUCCUGCAGUCGAAGGAAUGGUUUGAAUGGGACGACGAGUCUAAGCCUCUUCAGGCAGGAACAGGUCUGAUCUUCCGCGUGAAGUCCGAGGUCACCUACCGUAACAAGACGUGCUUCAAGUCGGUAUCCGUAUCCGGCGAUAUCUUCGUUCGCGAUCAGAUCAAACGUCUCGUCAAGGUUGGUACGGUUGACUUCUUGCAGGACGAUAGCCGAGGCAAUCCCGUCCUUGCCUACUUGCAACGCCAUGGCCAACCGCAAGGUUUGCCGAGCCCCUUGGCCAACGACGGCUACACUAUGACAAGCUCCGGUUCUACCCUCUUCAAUUCCCCUGCAACGAACGAGCCGUACUCGAAGGUCUCUGGCGACUUCAACCCAAUUCAUAUCAAUCCUUAUUUCGCAGACUACGCUGCACUCCCUGGGACCAUCACACACGGCAUGUGGUCAAGCGCCGCAACUAGACGCUACGUUGAGACUGUCGUCGCACAAGGUCGACCGGAUCGUGUCGUUGCCUAUGAUGUCACCUUUGUGGGGAUGGUGCUGCCGGAGGAUGAGCUCAACGUGAAGAUCAAGCACAUCGGAAUGCGCGACGGUAAUAUGGUAGUGAAGGUGGAGACGUCUAACGCGAAAGGUGAGAAGGUGCUCGAGGGUACUGCCGAGGUUGCGCAGCCCGCAACCGUCUAUGUGUUCACUGGCCAAGGUUCACAAGAGCCGGGGAUGGGCAUGGAUCUGUACAAUAAUUCCCCUGCUGCUCGGUCUGUGUGGGAAGUUGCCGAUGAGCACCUCACGGCAGUCUACGGCUUCUCAAUCGUCGAGAUCGUGAAGCAGAAUCCGAAGGAGAAGACGAUCCACUUCGGUGGUAUCAAAGGUCAGGCGAUCCGUAAACGCUACAUGGACAUGACGUACGACACGAUGGACAAGGACGGCAAUGUGAAGACGCUCCCUCUUUUCGGCGACAUCAAUGUCCGCACUCAGCGCUAUACCUUCAGUCAUCCGGCAGGUCUGCUCUACGCUACUCAAUUCGCCCAGAUCGCGCUAGUGGUGACCGAGCGCGCUGCAUUCGAAGACAUGCGCUCGAAGGGCCUCGUACAGAACGGUGCUCCAUUCGCUGGUCACUCUCUCGGAGAGUACUCGGCUCUCGCGUCGAUCGCUGGUGUGCUUCCGAUAUCUUCUCUUGUGGACAUCGUCUUCUACCGUGGUAUCACAAUGCAACGUGCAGUGGAGCGUGAUGCGCAAAACAGGUCGAAUUAUGCAAUGUGCGCCGUCAACCCAAGUCGCAUCUCGAAGACGUUCAACGAUGCAGCCCUUCGCGAGGUCGUUGAUGACAUCGCUCAACGCACUGGCUGUCUGCUUGAAAUCGUCAAUUUCAACGUCGAGGGCCAACAAUACGUCUGCGCAGGCGAGCUCGUUGCAUUGCAGGCACUUACAAACGUCCUCAAUUAUCUCAAGUUGCAAAAGAUUGAUAUCCCGAAGCUUACUGAGCAGUUCACGGUAGACCAGGUCAAGGAGAUGCUGCGCGAAAUCAUCGAUAACUGCUACGCGAAAGCGAAGGAGCAGCAGCAGGCCGAGGGCUAUAUCAAGCUGGAGCGCGGCUUCGCCACGAUCCCUCUUCCUGGUAUCGACGUUCCGUUCCACUCUCGAUACCUCUGGGCCGGUGUCAUGCCCUUCCGUGCAUAUUUGUCGAAGAAAAUCAACGCUGCGCACCUAGAUCCCGACACCCUCGUCGGAAAGUACGUUCCCAACCUGAUUGCUAAGCCAUUCGAGGUUUCCAAAGAUUAUGUGCAACUCAUCUACGACCGCACGCUCUCGGCGAGGCUCGACAAGGUUCUCCGCAAGUGGGAUCAGGAGAAUUGGAGCGCACCUGAACAACGCCAGAAGCUUGCAUAUAUCACGCUGGUCGAGCUGCUUGCAUACCAAUUUGCGUCGCCAGUGCGCUGGAUCGAAACUCAAGACAUUCUCUUCGCUCGUUACAACUUUGAGCGGUUCAUCGAAAUCGGCCCUUCUCCGACACUUACCGGCAUGGCGACCAGGACCCUGAAGGCCAAGUACGAAACCCAGGAUGACUCCAUCAGUCACGUCCGCACCAUCCUCUGCCACGCAAAAAACACCAAGGAAGUAUACUACCAGUUCGAGGAUGAGCCUGAGGCUGCUCCAGCCGAGAGUGAAGAAGUGGCCCCAGUGCAUUCGGCUGUUUCGGCUGCCGCGCCCGUCGCCUCUACUCCAGCGCCUGCUGCUGCUGCUGCUGCCGCCGCUGUAGAAGACGUUCCUCUGAAGGCGGUGGAUAUCUUAACGGCGAUCAUUGCUCAAAAGUUGAAGAAGAGAGUCGAAGAAAUCCCGCUAUCAAAAUCAUUGAAAGACCUCUCUGGAGGUAAAUCGACGCUGCAGAAUGAGAUUCUAGGAGACCUGCAGACGGAGUUCUCCUCGGCGCCCGAGAAGGGAGAGGAACUCCCCCUGGAGGAACUUGGAUCAGCGCUCGGUGUCGGUUUCUCGGGUUCUUUGGGCAAGUACACGUCCGGACUGAUCGGCCGUCUCAUUGGUGGUAAGAUGCCUGGUGGAUUCAACCUGUCGGCCAUCAAAUCGUAUCUGUCGAAGUCGUGGGGAUUGGGUCCGUCGAGAGCGGAUGGUGUGCUGCUACUUGCAUUGACGAUGGAGCCGCCGAAGCGACUUGGAUCCGAAGGGGAGGCCAAGGCUUGGCUCGACUCGGUAGUUGCGGUCUAUGCCCAGCGCACUGGCAUCUCGCUGUCCUCCAGUGCCUCGGGAGGUGGGGGCGGAGGUGGAGGUGGAGGCCCCACGAUCAACAGCGAGGAGUUCCUCAAGUUCCAAGCAGAGCAGGAGUGGCUUGCCUCGCAGCAGGUCGAAUUAUACAUGCGGUACCUCAAACGAGACUCACGCGCAGGCGAGCACAAGUAUGAGGCCGAGAAGACGAAUGUUGCGACGCUCCAGGCACGGCUGGAUGCGAUCACCCGCGAGCACGGCGACUUGUACCUAGACGGAAUACAGCCUGCAUUCGACGCUCUCAAGGCUCGGCACUUCGACUCGUCCUGGAAUUGGGUCCGUCAAGAUGCCCUUCUUAUGUUCUACGACAUUAUCUUCGGCCGCCUGACCACCGUCGACCGCGAGAUCACCGCCCGCUGCAUCGCCAUCAUGAACCGUGCCGAUCCAGAACUCGUUACCUACAUGCAAUACUACAUCGACAAAUGCGAUCCCAAUCGCGGCGAGACAUAUAAACUCGCGAAGCAGUUCGGCCAGCAACUCAUCGACAACUGCCGGGAGGUAGUCGGACAACCGCCGCUAUACAAGGAUGUGACAUUCCCAACCGCUCCACACACCGAAGUUACUGCUAAGGGUGACAUCGUCUACUCAGAGGUCGUCCGAGAGAACGUUCGCAAACUUGAGGCGUAUGUCGAGGAGAUGGCCAGUGGCGACACAAUUUCGGCUCCUACAAAUAUCCAGAAGAUUCAAGAUGAUGUUCUCAAGUUGUGGAAUGUUGUCAAGUCUCAGCCAGAGAUCAGUGAGGAGCAGAAGAACCGUAUUAAGGCUCUCUAUGAAGGAGUUGUCCGCUCGCUUCGCAAGCGUCCAGAAUCCCGCGCUCGGCCGGGAGCUCAGCGUACACGUCGCUCAUCCUCACAGUUCCUGCGGCCUCAGAUUUCUGCAGUCACGCCAGUCACAGCCGACAAGGUUCCGCUCCUUCACCUGAAGCGCAAAGUCGGCACGACGUGGGAGUACAGCAGUAAUCUGACGGGCGUGUACCUUGAUAUUCUUCACGAGAUUGCAACAUCUGGCACAACAUUCAAGGACAAGAAUGCUCUCCUCACUGGAGUGGGGAAGGGCUCAAUUGGGGUCGAAGUUCUCAAAGGCCUCCUCUCUGGUGGGGCACAUGUCGUGAUCACUACAUCUCGCUACAGCAGGUCCACGGUUGAGUACUAUCAGGGCGUGUUCCAGCGUUUCGGUAGCAAAGGGUCGGCUUUGACGGUCGUGCCGUUCAACCAGGGAUCGAAGCAGGACGUUGAGGCUCUCAUCGACUAUAUCUACUCCACCCUUGGCCUGGAUUUGGACUACAUUCUCCCCUUCGCAGCCGUCCCCGAGAACGGUCGAGAGAUAGAUGGUCUCGACGAUAAGUCCGAGCUGGCGCAUCGCAUCAUGCUCGUCAACCUGCUGCGUUUAUUGGGGGCGGUUAAGGUCAAGAAGGCUUCCAGACACAUCCUCACUCGACCAACCCAGGUCAUCCUUCCGCUGUCUCCCAACCACGGCUUGUUCGGCAACGACGGUCUAUAUUCAGAGUCAAAGAUCGGAUUGGAGACGCUCUUCAACAGGUGGAACUCCGAAAGCUGGGGCGAGUAUCUCUGCUUGGCCGGUGCAGUCAUUGGGUGGACGCGCGGCACCGGGCUCAUGGACACUACGAACGUCGUCGCUCAUGAGGUUGAGAGCUAUGGUGUGCGCACAUUCUCUGCUAAGGAGAUGGCGUUCAACCUGCUUGGUUUGAUGCACCCACUCUUGUUCAGCAUCACGCAGGUCGAGCCUAUCUGGGCGGACUUGAACGGCGGCAUGGAUCGCCUUCCGGACCUUGCUGAGAUCACCACCCGCAUUCGCACGAAUCUGAACAAGAAGAGUGAACUUCGUCGCACGAUUGCCAGGGACAACGCGGCGGACUUUAAGACGGUCAAUGGCGUCGAGGCCGAACGAGUCCUCCAGACGGUCAACGUCACUCCGCGUGCCAACUUCAAGUUUGAGUUCCCUCGAUUGGAGUCCGCCGAGUCACUGUCGGAUGUCUCGUACCUCCGCGGCAUGCUCGACCUUGAGCAAGUCAUCGUCAUCACCGGAUUCGCAGAAGUUGGGCCGUGGGGUAGCUCGCGUACCAGGUGGGAGAUGGAAGCCAGAGGCGAGUUCACGAUCGAGGGUUGCAUCGAGAUGGCCUGGAUGAUGGGCCAUAUCAAGCACUUCGACGGCCGUCUCAAGGACGGUUCUCUAUACGUUGGCUGGGUGGAUGCAAAGAGUAGUGAGCCUGUGGACGACAAGGACGUACGAAGUCGCUACGAAAAGGAGAUACUGAGCCAUGCAGGUGUUCGCCUCAUUGAACCUGAGCUGUUCCGUGGAUACGAUCCGAAGAAGAAGGUGUUCAACCAGGAGAUUGAGAUCUCGCACGAUCUCGAGUCAUUCGAGGCUAGUCAGGAAGAAGCCGAGAAGUUCAAGUACGAGCACGGCGAUAAGUGCGACAUCUGGGCUACAGCAGAUGGAGGCCAAUGGUAUGUCAAAUUGAAGAAGGGUGCCCGGCUGUUCGUUCCGAAGGCCAUAAAGUUCAAUCGUCUCGUCGCUGGUCAGCUCCCUACUGGGUGGCACGCCGGACGCUAUGGCAUCCCUUCAGAUAUCAUCGCACAGACCGACCGGACCGCUCUCUGGACGCUCGUGGCUGCAGCGGAUGCUUUGAAUAUGUCCGGCAUCACAGAUCCUUAUGAGCUCUAUGAGCACGUACACCCCUCAGAGGUCGGCACUAGUAUUGGCAGUGGUAUGGGUGGCAUGGAAUCGCUCUCGAAGAUGUUCAAGGACCGUCGAGAUGAGAAAGAGGUUCAGAGCGACAUCCUCCAGGAGACGUUCAUUAACACAACUGCCGGUUGGGUAAACUUGCUGCUCCUCUCUUCCUCCGGCCCGGUGAAGAUUCCAGUCGGUGCUUGUGCAACCGCACUGCAGUCGGUCGAGAUCGCCUGCGAUACGCUGCUCUCAGGAAAGGCGAAGGUAAUGCUUGCGGGUGGCUAUGAUGACUUCAGCGAGGAGGGCUCGUACGAGUUCGCGAAUAUGACGGCGACUAGCAAUUCAGAGACGGAGUUCGCCAUGGGCCGAGAGCCGACAGAAAUGUCGAGACCAGCAACGACGACGCGUGGAGGGUUUAUGGAAGCUCAAGGCACCGGUGUGCACGUUCUCAUGAGCGCGAAGACAGCACUCGAGCUGGGAUGUCCCAUUCAAGGAAUCGUUGCCUUCACGUCGACUUCUACUGACAAGGCCGGAAAGUCUAUUCCUGCUCCUGGACGCGGUGCCCUCACCAUUGGCCGAGAGGUCCACUGUCAGCAGCAACUGCCCGUGCUGGAUGUCAUGUAUCGAUCACGCCAGCUCACGUUCCGCCGCAACCAGAUCUCGCAGUGGUUGGACAAUGAACGACAGCUUCUACAGGACGAGCUCGAGUUCCGCGAGAGUCAAGGCGAGACGAUGGACGAGCACUAUCUCGCCUGCAGGGUUGCAGAUAUUGAGAAGGAAGCAGCUCGGCAAGAGAAGGACGCAUUGGCGACGUACGGUAUGCUGCAUGGUUCCGAUCCACGAGUCGCUCCCCUUCGUCGCGCCCUUGCUGUUUGGGGUUUUACUGCGGACGACAUCGGCGUGCUCUCUCUGCACGGUACAGGUACUAAGGCGAACGAGGGCAACGAGACGCAUGUCUGGAACGACAUCUUCGCAAACAUUUCCAGGACGGAUGGCAACGCGGUGCCCGUCAUGGCCCAGAAGAGCCUUUGCGGUCAUUCGAAGGGAGGGUCCGCCGGAUGGCAGCUCGCCGGUCUUUUGCAAAGUGUCAACAGUGGGAUUGUGCCAGGAAACCGCAACGCUGAUAACAUUGAUUCGCACUUCAAGGAUUACACUUACCUCAUGUUCCCUUCGAAGACAGUUCACACUGAUGGCAUUCGGGCCGGAGUCAUGUCGUCUUUCGGUUUUGGUCAAGUUGGCGGUACAUGUCUGAUUGUCCAUCCCCGAUACCUGCUCGGUGCCCUUGAUUUAUCACAAUAUGAAGCUUACAAGGAGAAGAACAUUGUUCGAGCACGUCUAGCGUACAAAGCGAUGAGCGAGAUGAUGAUCAACAACUGUCUCGUCAGGAUCAAGGACACGCCACCGUACCCGAAGGAUCUCGAGGCUCCAGUGCUGUUGAACCCGUUGGCAAGAGCGAGCUACGAUCCCAAGACAGGCAGUUAUUCAUUCAAGCCGCAGCAGGCGACGCAGCCGGUAUUUGACAGCGCCAACGUCAAGGCUAUGUCCGAGAUCCUCGCUGGCAAGAACGCCACUGCAGGUGUCGGUGUCGAUCAAGAGUUGAUCUCUUCCGUUCCUUCAUCGAACCCGACGUUCGUCUCGCGCAACUUCACUGACGCAGAGGUCGCAUACUGCCGUUCUCAGCCAUCGCCCGAAGCAUCCUUCGCGGCACGCUGGGUUGGUAAGGAAGCGGUCUUUAAGUCGCUCGGAGUAUCGUCAAAGGGUGCCGCAGCUCCGAUGAAGGACAUCGAGAUUCUUCCUGAUGCUUCGGGCGUCCCGACUGUUACCUUGCACGGUGAUGCAAAGUCGGCUGCCGAGGCUAAGUCAAUCUCCAAGGUCCAUCUAUCGCUGAGUCACUCCGAGACUGUCGCCAUCGCCUUUGCUCAAGCCUCCUCGUCAUGAUCUCUUUUUCAUCAGGGCUCUUUGUCGCAUUACUCGUAAAUCGAUUGUUGCUCGCUCGUGUAUUCUCAUAUCAUCACGCCCGAUUGUAAUUGUUCGCUACCGCAAUAGAUUCAUUAUAUCCUCGCGAACAAUGUUUGUAAGACAGCUCAAGCAAAAGAGUAGAGUUUGCGUUCUGCGAUAUACUUUUCUACAUGCUCGGUGACCAUACUUCUCCAGUUGGGGUCCCCAGCUUUGACAAGUCGACGAACCUGUGUACUACUAAUCUUCUCUUCCUUCCCGCCGAUGUCGAUGAGUGUCACACGAAAAUCUUCUAAAUAUUGUUGAAUCUUGAUCGUUAGCUGGCGGCUCCCUUCGUCAUCCUCGUGAAGAGAACUUGGCGAAGAACGAUGUGCGCAAAC